GUACUUUCGUCGAUGCAGACGACUCAACGAAAGACGAAAUCACUGACCUGCCGAAACUGAAACGCUGAAACAGCGCUCUGCGUUUGAUUCUUUAGCCACAGAGUAGUAUUCAGAUUUGUAUUUUUACUCUUUUGUUACAAAAAUGAGUGUUGUGAGUAUCAAGGGAGUUGAUAUUCAUUUGCAUGAGCCUCUUAGACGUCAGCAGAGAGAGUUUAUGGAAGUUUGCCUCGAGUGUUUUACUGAGGGAAAGAAUGGGAUGCUGGAAUCAUCUGAUUUGUCAGGGAGAGUAGCUGCAUUGCUCUGCGCAUCUUUAAGUUGGAUUCUGCACUGCUUCAAAGAAGGGCUGGGGGUUGCCAAGCAUGUCCUUUACUUGUGUGGCACUCAACAGGAGCUGUCACGUGCGAUUGAAGAGUUCAAGAAGUCCAAAUAUGCUUCUGUGCGGAUGGUAGUAAUUAACUGCACAGACGAUUUUAAGGCACUCUUUGCACGUCCAAAUUACAGCAAUGAUGACCAAGACAAUGACAGAGGAAAGAAAACACCUGUUCCGAGUAUUAUUUUCUGUACUCAAGAGCUGUUCUUUCAAGAACUCACUGUAACAAUCAUUAGCGCUGCAAAAUGUGACUUCCAGAACACAAUAAUAUUGCUGGAUGAUGCCUCUCAAGUUGAAGAGGCAUGCUGCUUGUCUUCCUCCCUGAGUCUAUGUAAAGUAGAUCGGCUGAUUAAGCAGCUGCAGGACUUCAAAGACUCCGAAGAAAUAAUUUCAAAAUUGGAUGGCAUUCGAAAAGUUUUCCGUUGUAUUUCUCCUCAUAAUGGCAACCCAUAUGAUCCUGUGUUUACAGAAGCAGAAAUAAUGAAUGUGUUUGAGAAUUAUAAUGCCAAUAUUAAUGAAGAGGAUGCUUCAUUUCUGAAAGAACUGAAAAAUCUGGAUUUUCAGGAGGUACUCCAUUUCAUGGCUCUCGUUAAAAUUUUCACUUGCCAAGGAAUCAAGACUGAAAAUUACCCUCAAGCCAUCAAUAUGUAUGCAACCGAGACUUCUGCAAAAUCAAAAUUCAAAACGGGUCACCAAGAGACAUGCCAGGUUGCCUGUAAAACUCUUCACUGUGUUUGCUGGGAUUCAUCAUUUUUAUUCAAGAUCAUAGCAGAUAUGAAGCCACAUUCAAUCCUUUUCUCAGGGACAACAAUUUCACCUUUUAAUCAUUUCAAGGCUGAACUUGGUGUUCUUGAAGCAAAGGAGUUUGUUGGUAAAUGUGUUAUUGAGGACUACCAACUCUUUGCAAGGAUUGUGAUGUGUGGUUCAGGUGGUCAAUUUCUAGAAUCAACAAACAGUGAAUGUAUGGAUCCUGAUUACAAAACCUGUGUGGGCAAAACCAUCCUUGACGUGGCAAAAGUAACUCCAGCUGGCCAAGGCAUGACAAUUUAUUUCAGCUCUGAUAAUUUGUUUGAGCAACUGAAAGAACACUGGCAUAGAACUGUUAUCAAAGGACAGUCCUUGUGGAACCUUAUUAGGCAAGAAAAGGAAAUUUUAUCUUAUGCCAACAAAGAUGACCUACGCCGGUUCAAUGCAGACUCUGGUCUUAAAACAGGACAUUGCAUUUUUGCAGUACUACAAACAAAUGAUCUCAUGGAACUGAUAAAUGUUUCCGUAAAUCUGGAUUGUCACCGCAUUGUUAUGUUCAUUGGGGUGCCAUUUCCAUCUAAAGAUGAUCCAAAAGUCACCCUCAAGAAAAGGUUUAUCAGUGAACAGUGUUUAUUAAAAAAAAGUAAAAUGACAGUGUCACAGUUUACCACAAGGGAAACUUACAAGUCUGUGAGAAGAGUUGUGGAUCACAUUUUCGGUUCUAUCUAUGACUAUGCCAUGAUCUUGUUGUGCGACUGUCAGUAUGAUAGGAGUGAAUUGUCCCCUUGGAUAAAGAGCAAAGUGCAUCAUGAAAAGCGAUUUGCAGAAAUGCUGCAUGAAAUUCAUGAUUUUUUCAAAACUAUUCUGAAGAGGACCCAAUCAAUUAUGGCACCAGCAGAGAACCUUGAACAAAGAAUUAGCCAGUUUGGAAAUGUUAGGACGUGGGAGAUAGAGAAAGUACAACUAGAAGUCAGAAAGUUAAGGAAGAAGAAUAGAAGUCUUGAAGACUAUGUGCAACGUCUCAAAAACUUAUCAGAAGAUUAUGAUAAAACGAAUGAAGAUUUGGAAAAGAAACUCAAAGACAUGAAUGUGGAAACCAUCCAGAUGCCACAUUUCUCAGAAAUGCAGUGGGAAGCUAGUGAAGUUGGUGGUGAGGGUGGUAAAGUGCUCAGCCCAGUGAACAGUCCCAUAAAGUUGUUGAUCUCCCCACGAAAGAGGCCUUAUCCAGAAGAUGUGAAGUAAAAAUGUACUCAGUUAUUAAACAUGGUUUAACAUUUAUUCAAACAAUUUUGUACAGUGGAGGGGAUUAUCUGUAGGUUAAGAACUGACAUUAAACAGUGGUCCCUCACUGCACUUGUGAUAAACAAUGAUUGCAGGCUAACCAUACAAGAAUUUAUGAGAUUCUUGCUGAUACUCUUAAGAAGCCCUGCAAAAUUAUUUAUCACUUACUAUUUUCAUUUUAAAAAAUUAAAAAAAAAAUUGCUGGACAAUUUCUUACUUUAUAGAUUUAUAUCCGUAUAACUCUUAACAGUCAUUCAACACAGUCAACUCGACAGUUCAUGCCAGGGCUGCAUGUAAUAAUUAAGAAAUCAAGAUCAAUUUCUAUGAAGGCCUCACUUCAAUCAAUAAUGUUAAAUGGUACUAUAGGCUGCUUUCAUGAGAAGCUUGUACAAUGUUGCUUAAUUUGAUAUUUUGUUUGUACCCUGGACGAUCAGUAAAACAGCACUGCAAAUUUCAACAAGAUGAAAGUCUACAUGCAUAUUAAACGUAAAGGUGUUA